CAGGAGACGCCAGGUGAGAAUCACUUGGACACUCAGACACACAGGCUCAGGGUGCUUGUGGGACCAGCCCCUUCUCCCCUUUUCCCUGCUCAACUUGUACCACUGCCCCUGUUUUCCUGGAUUUAACCUCCCCUUGCCCCAGGAUUGCGCUGCUGGCAGAGCCGGGAGCCAGCUCCUUCCUUUAGCAGGUUCUACAUUCAAUCCCACCAUCAGCCUCCACGUGAAUUUGCAUCUUAGCACAAGCCCAGCCCUCAGCUCAGCCCCAGCGCCAGGUCCAGCUCCAGCCUUGGUUGCCAUGGCCAAGGACUCUCAAGACAUCCAGCAGCUGGACUUGGAGGAAAGUGAUGACCAGCUCAGCAGAGGGCCGCCUCCACCCCAGCCCUUUGCACAGCGUCUCUGCUCCACGCUCCGCCUCAGUCUGCUCGCCCUGGGCUUCAACGUCCUGUUGCUGGUGGCCAUCUGUGUGAUUGGGUCCCAAAGCACACAGAUGCAAGUGGAGCUGCGGGCCCUGAAGGAAACUUUCGGCAACUUCUCCUCUAGCACCCUGACGGAGGUCCGGGCUCUGGGCGCCCACGGAGGCAGCGUAGUGGGCAAGAUAACGACUCUGGGAGCCAAGCUGGAGAAACAGCAGCAGGACCUGAAAGCAGACCAUGCCACCUUGCUCCUUCAUCUGAAGCACUUCCCAGCCGAUCUGCGCGUCCUGGCCUGCCAGAUGGAGGUCCUCUACAGCAAUGGCUCUGAAAGGACCUGCUGCCCGGUCAACUGGGUGGAGCACGCGGGCAGCUGCUACUGGUUCUCUCGCUCCGGGAAGCCUUGGCGGGAGGCUGAGAAGUACUGCCAGCUGGAGAAUGCGCACCUGGUGGUCAUCAACUCCUGGGAGGAGCAGGUCUCACCGACAGCGAUGGCACCUGGAAAUGGGUGGAUGGUACCGAGUAUAGGUACAGCUACAAGAACUGGGCCAUCACCCAGCCAGACAACUGGGAGGGACACGAGCUGGAUGGCGGUGAAGACUGUGCUGAAAUGCAGCCGGAUGGCCGCUGGAACGACAAUCUCUGCCUCCAGGUGUUCCGCUGGGUGUGUGAGAAGAGGCGGAAUAGCACCCUGCAGGAGCCCUGAGCCCCUACACCCCUGCCUAACCCACACCCACCCCUGCCCUCCCCGCUUCUCUGUUGGGGGUUUUGAAGAAAGGGAGAAAAAUAGAGUCAGAAGCCUGGGGAAGGGUUGAGGAAAGAUAUUAAUAGAAAGGGUGGUUUAAGAGUCUCAAACCCUGGGGAGGCCGAGAUCCUACCUCUUUCCACAAUUCAUUGUAACUAUUCUAAUUUUCAGCCUCCUCAAUGGAAUAGGAGAAGAAGAAACAAAUGCUUGAAACUGCGUGGCCUGGUUAUUUGGAACUGGGAAUUGUAGGGUGCAAAGGAGAGGGAGAGGAGGGGGCCUGGAAGAGAUGAGUUGUAAAUCCUGGACAGCUGCCUCUUGACACCCAAUUCGGAGAGACGCUGUUGGGAGAGAGGCUGGGGCAGAAGGGUGCAGGGCCUGUGCUCCUGGGUGGGGCAGGGGGGUGGUGCUCUGGGGGCUCCCGAAGGGGGCAGUUUGCCCUGCAGCUGGCGUCUCCCCAGGCCAGGUUCCAGGGAGCACCCUCAGCUCCACCCUCAGCCUCCACGUUCACAAAGAGCAGGAGGAUUGGCAAGUCGUCUUCCUCUCCCUGCCUCUUUUUUUGUUUGUUUGUUUUUACCCCAAACAGAUCUAG